UCCUUUUCCUCAUCCCGAAAAACGAUUUUCGGCCAUGUUUCUUCCGGACACAGAGAUCACCCGGCAGAUGUCGCUUCCAUCGCUUUCCAGUCGAUCCGAUCGUUGCCACCGUUCCACGCUUCGCAAGGAAAAAAAGAUUCCAGUGCAUCAUCAUCCUAUGCGGCCGGGUCCAAAGCCCUAUUUUCCUGCUGCUGCGCGAAAAGUGUGCUAGGGAUAAUAUCAUUUCAUACAACUCACACCAGCGUGCAUUUACUCCUGGUACAGAUAACAUAAAUUCAGAGGAAAUUACGCCAAAUGAAAAAACAGACAUACAAUAAGCACCUUUUCUACUCUAUGUGAUUACUUCAUUAUUUAACCUAGCCCUCCUAUUUCUCCGAGGAGGCGAAUCUAGGAUUUCUGACAGUCAAGAUAUAACAACAUAUAGAUCCUCUGCCACCCAUUAAAGUUUAUAUCCCUGCAGCAAGCCCUAAGUAGCCUCCUCGGAAAGCAGUUCACACCAACCUUUCAAAAUGCCGUUCAGCAUCAAACGCUUCACAAUGCAUCGCAGCACCAGCCUCCCAGGAGGCCGAUCCUCAGAGGGAAAGAAAAUAUCCCUCACGGAAAUCCGGGAAAACCCCAACUCAUCCCGUUCCAGUAAAAAAUCCGACAAAAAUAAGUCCAGUGGAAACAAUUCAUCAUCAUCUACGUCCUCAUCAGCUCAGCAACAGCAAGGCAACUUGCCGAACAGUCGGUCCAUGGAUGUUUCUGAACUCAGAAGACUAGGAUUCGGCAAUCCAAGGCAAGGCCCACCUCCAGAAUUGUUGGCGGACGCUAUGGCAGCUGUCAAUGAUCCUCAUCAGCAAUCCUCAUCGUCAUCUUCAUCUUCCUCCUCUACUAUGGAUCGACAAAGAAGAACCUUGCAUAGUAUUCAGGAAUAUCCUUCCGGCACAGCUAGGUUUAGUACACAACAACAGUCUCCAGGUGGGGGAGGAACAGUUUAUGGAUCAGCGGGCAACACAUCGACGUUGCCUGCGAGGUGGAGGAGUUCCUUACCACCUCGGCCAUCGAGUGAGAUGAGAGGCGUAUAUAGUGAUACAUCUUCUAGUGGCACCAGUGGUACUGAAGUUAGAAGGUUGGUGGUGCGAAAAAAUGGAGUACGAUUUCAAGGUACGUGUUUUAACUUUCAAUGCUUUUUAAAAAAAAAUUUUGUUUCUUAGUUAAUUUUUAAA